AACGAAGGCAAUCAUUGCUAUACACAGGUUCAGAGUAUGCAACUACUGCUGAAGUAAGGAGAGUCUUCGUCCCUGUCAAUGUCGAAAUGUCAUCAAUGCAGUAAAGCAUGCGCUAGCAAAAAAGCAUCACUCGCUCGUCCCUCAUCGUUCCUCACCCAAAACCUCUGCAACUUUUUCAUCUGAACAUGUUGUCGUCUAAAGAACAAAAAGGCCACUGCCAAAGAAAAUAAAAUAAAAAGUAAAAAAUCCAUCAACAAAAAGUAAAGAAUUUAUUUUAACAGUUUAGCCCCUCCGAUGGUUCAAGUUCAACCGAUAACACACGACGUCACACUUUUUUUAACCGGCCAAACUUCUACCCAGAGCUUUUGAGUAUUUAAAAAUACAUUGAUGAUUUUAAAAAGCCCAUCCAUGCUUGAUAUCCCCGUCCAGCAAUACAAAAAAAAACUUAUUAGCCAUGGCCAUCAUCGACGCGAUUGAAGCUAUUUUUUUGGCCUUUUUGGCAGUUAUCGCCAACCUUUUUGCUGGCAUGAUCGCAGGGGUACUACUAGUGAAAGAAAUAGUUUUCAAAGUGUUCGGAUUGAAUAAACCUGUACCUCAUCCAAGAUCUAUUCUCAUCACAGGGGCAAGCAGUGGCAUCGGGGCCGAACUCGCAGUCCGGUAUGCAAAACCCCGAACACGUCUCAUCCUUGUCGCUCGAAAUGUUACAAGACUCGAAAAGGUCAAAAAGCAAUGUGAAGAAAAGGGUGCGACAGUCGAAAUAGCGUCACUGGACAUGUCAGAUUCCAAAGCUGUCAAGAGCUACAUGGAAGAGGUGGAUAAACGAGUCAACAUUGAUCUCGUGGUAGCCAAUGCGGGAAUUUCAAUGACGCCGCCUAAAGAGGGCGAGUUGUUCUCUGAUGCAGCACAGCGCUUAUUUGAUGUCAACGUUUUUGGCGUGUUCCACACCAUUGCACCCAUCAUGGAAGGAAUGCGUCACCGGGGCAGAGGUCAAGUCGCCAUCAUGAGCUCUCUCUCUGGCAUCUUUAGUCAUCCCAAUUUGUCAUACUAUGGCGCUAGCAAAUCUGCACUCGUGGCAUUCUCCCGUCAUUUCCGCCCGGUUGCAGCUGAGCAAGGGAUCCGCCUAACAUGCAUCUGCCCCGGAUUUGUUGAGACGCCCUUGGUGCAGGAGAUGAGAGACGCCGGUGGCAAACUUCCAGGCUUUGCUGUCAUGGACGUCAAGGCUGCAGCCAAGGUUAUCACCAAAGGUCUGGAAAGGGAUCGCCCUGUCAUUAUCUUCCCUGCGAUCCAGUAUUGGCCCGUGCACAUGACCAGUACAAUGCCUCCGUUUAUCCAAGCCUUUUGGAAUUAUAUGGCCCUUAAAUACCCUCUCGCAGGAAGUCGACAGUCGUAGGAUCUCAUUCAGCGAAUAGCUUUUAUUUCAUUAGUAAAUCAGUUUCUAAGCACUUAAUAUAUCAUCCUCCUCAUUUUCCAU